UUUUUUCUUGACCCGAUCUGCUCUGCGGGAUCCCAGCAGAGGCAGUUUCCACAGUAACACUGUGGCGAUUACGUAAUGCCCCCAUCGGAUAGUGUUUAUGUUGUGGAUGAAACCUAAUGCAGCUUUAAUUGAUUGAUGAAGCUGCAGAAAAAGGAGUCCCGGUGCUGAUCGGCAUUUGUGCAACAUGCAGGCGAAGCUUUUGCACAUUUUAGAAACUACUGCAGACAUUUAAUCAAACCUGAAAGAACCUGAAAUAUCCUCACUGACUGUGUAUAAAAAAAGAAAAGAAAAAAGGACCUCAGCAGGCAGAGAGCUGCCUCUCUGAGCAGCCUGCCUCAGUGCUCAGAGAGGCAGACGCAGGGGAGACGUUAGGACCCGAUGUCCUAAGAUGUGACGGUCAGCGGUGAAAAACCAGGAAAAUCCAACCCGUUUAAGAUGACGGUGCUGAAAGACUUCCAGGAGCAAUGGUUUCCACUCAUUCUGCCUUUGCACAGAAAGAAAACCCAGUCUGUUGGAGGACGGUCGAAACACAGGUGGACAGAGGAGGAGAGGAAGGUCAAAGCCAACGACAGGGAAUACAACGAGAAGUUUCAGUAUGCAAGUAACUGCAUCAUGACAUCAAAGUACAACAUCCUCACCUUUCUGCCUGUCAACCUGUUUGAGCAGUUCCAGGAAGUAGCCAACACUUACUUCCUUUUCCUGCUCAUCCUGCAGUUGAUACCUCAGAUCUCCUCCCUCUCCUGGUUCACUACCAUCGUGCCUUUGGCUCUGGUGCUGAGCAUCACUGCAGUAAAAGAUGCCACAGAUGACUAUUUUCGUCACAAGAGCGACAACCAGGUGAACAACCGUCAGUCUCAGGUCCUGAUCCGAGGCUCGCUGCAGAAUGAAAAGUGGAUGAACGUAAGAGUGGGUGACAUCAUUAAACUGGAAAACAACCAGUUUGUUGCAGCUGACGUCCUCCUGUUGUCGAGCAGCGAACCUCACGGUCUGUGUUACAUAGAGACGGCCGAGCUAGACGGAGAAACCAACAUGAAGGUGCGUCAGUCGGUACCAGUCACAGCCGAGCUUGGUGACCCCAAUAAUUUGGCAACGUUUAACGGUGAGGUGGUGUGUGAGCCUCCCAACAACAAGCUGGAUCGUUUUUGUGGGUCUCUGUACUGGCGGGACAGAAAGUACCUCCUGACCAAUCAGAACAUGCUGCUCCGAGGCUGUGUCCUCCGCAACACCGAGGCCUGCUACGGCCUGGUCAUCUUUGCAGGCCCAGAUACCAAACUAAUGCAGAACAGCGGCCGCACCAAGUUCAAACGUACCAGCAUCGAUCGUCUGAUGAACACUCUGGUCCUCUGGAUCUUUGGUUUCCUGGUCUGCAUGGGCGUGAUCCUGGCUGUGGGGAACGCAGUGUGGGAGAAAGAGGUGGGCUCUUUGUUCCAGAGCUACCUGCCCUGGGACCCUCCUGUGGACAACUUCCUGUUCUCAGCCUUCCUGUCCUUUUGGUCCUACGUCAUCAUUCUGAACACAGUCGUGCCUAUUUCUCUGUACGUCAGUGUGGAGGUGAUCCGGCUGGGCCACAGCUACUUCAUUAACUGGGACCGGCAGAUGUUCUGCUCACAGUGUAACACAGCCGCUGAGGCCAGAACCACCACCCUGAAUGAAGAACUGGGCCAGGUUGAAUACAUCUUUAGUGACAAGACUGGAACACUCACUCAGAACAUCAUGAGCUUCAAUAAGUGCUCCAUCAAUGGACAAACCUACGGUGAGAGGACAGACCAAAUGGGAACACAACCAAAGAGGCUGGACUUCUCUCCCUUCAACCCCCUGGCAGACCCACAGUUUUGUUUUUACGACGACAAGCUGCUGGAAUCUGUGAAAGUUGGCGACGUGCACACCCAUGAGUUUUUCCGCCUGCUGUCUCUCUGUCACACCGUGAUGAGCGAGGAGAAGAGUGAAGGACACCUGGUUUAUAAAGCCCAAUCUCCAGACGAGGGCGCUCUGGUGACGGCAGCUCGAAACUUCGGCUUCGUGUUUCGCUCCCGAACACCCGGGACCAUCACAACCUCAGAGAUGGGCCGAACCGUCACCUACUCGCUGCUCGCCAUACUGGACUUCAACAACAUUCGCAAAAGGAUGUCUGUUAUAGUGCGAAACCCAGAGGGACGGAUCCGUCUUUACUGUAAAGGAGCCGACACGGUGCUGCUGGAGAGACUCCACCCCUCUAACCUGGAGCUGAUGACUGUCACUUCAGACCACCUCAAUGAGUAUGGAGCAGACGGGUUGCGGACUCUGGCCUUGGCCUUCAGGGACCUGUCUGAGGAAGAGUGGGAGGUCUGGUCAGAGAGUCACCGGUUUGCAGGCAAGGCCACGGACUGCAGGGAGGACAGGCUGGCAGCGUCUUAUGACCUGAUAGAACAAGACAUGAUGCUUCUUGGUGCCACAGCUAUAGAGGACAAGCUACAGGAGGGGGUCCCAGAGACCAUCGCUCUCCUCUCUCUGACCAACAUUAAGAUCUGGGUUCUCACAGGAGACAAGCAGGAAACAGCCGUCAACAUAGGUUACUCCUGUAAGAUGUUGACAGACGACAUGGCCGAGGUGUUCAUCAUCAGUGGACACACCGUUCAGAGUGUUCGACAAGAGCUCAGGAGCGCGAGGGACAGGAUGAUGGAGCUGUCACGUAGCAGAGAUGGAGGGAAGAGGGGAGGGAUGGAGGGAUGGGCAGAGGCCUGCUUCAUGGGGAACGGGUUCCAACAAGACCAAGAAGGAGAUGUAGGAGGAGGGAAAGUGUUUCACAGCCCUCCACUUCCUUCACCUCCCUCCAGCUUCAUGGACAGCAUCUCUGGAGAGUUUGGCCUCGUUGUCAACGGCCACAGUUUGGCUCAUGCUCUCGAAGCGGACAUGGAGGCGGAGUUUGUGUCGACAGCUUGUGCGUGCAAAGCAAUCAUCUGCUGCAGAGUCACGCCGCUGCAGAAAGCCCAGGUGGUGGAGCUCAUCAAGAAACACAAGAAGGCCGUCACUCUGGCUAUAGGAGACGGCGCUAACGACGUUAGCAUGAUCAAAAGCGCUCACAUCGGAGUGGGUAUCUCCGGUCAGGAGGGGAUCCAGGCCGUGUUGGCCAGCGACUACUCCUUCGCCCAGUUCCGCUUCCUCCAGCGCCUCCUGCUGGUCCACGGCCGCUGGUCCUACCUGCGCAUGUGCCGGUUCCUUUGCUACUUCUUCUACAAGAACUUUGCCUUCACCAUGGUGCACUUCUGGUUUGGCUUCUUCUGUGGCUUCUCUGCUCAGACGGUGUAUGAUCAGUACUUCAUCACACUCUACAACAUUGUGUACACCUCCCUCCCUGUGCUGGCUAUGGGCAUAUUUGACCAGGAUGUUCCAGAUCACAGAAGUCUGGAAUACCCUAAGCUGUACGAGCCGGGGCAGCUCAACCUCCUCUUCAACAAGAAAGAGUUCUUCAUCUGCAUCGCCCAGGGCAUCUACACGUCAGUGGUGCUGUUUUUUGUCCCCUACGCCGUUCUGUCCAACGCCACUCAGAGCAACGGCGUGCCGCUCGCAGACUACCAGACGUUUGCCAUCAGCACGGCGACCGCCCUCGUCAUUGUGGUCAGCGUACAGAUCGCUCUCGACACGGGCUUCUGGACAGUUAUUAACCACAUGUUCGUGUGGGGCUCACUGGGUUUUUAUUUCACCAUCAUGUUUGCAUUGCACAGCCAGACCCUCUUCAGGAUCUUUCCCAACCAGUUCCACUUUGUAGGUUGUGCCCAAAACACACUGUUGCAGCCGGUCGUGUGGUUAACUAUUGCACUAGCGACAGCAAUCUGCAUAGUUCCAGUUUUGGCAUUCCGCUUCCUCAAGCUGGACCUGAAGCCUCAGCUCUCAGACAUGGUGCGUUACACACAGCUGGUGCGGCAGAAGAGGCGGAGACCGGCAGGUUGCGGUAUCGGAAGUGCUUGGCGUGGCACCGGCAGCGUCACGGAGAGCCGCCUGGGCGCCCGCGGUGGCUCCAGGAGGUCCGGCUACGCCUUCGCCCACCAAGAAGGCUUCGGAGAGCUGAUCACGUCAGGGAAAAACAUGAGGCACUCCUCGCUGGGCCUGGUCAGCUUCGCUUCCAGGCACAGCUCCAGCUGGAUGGAGACCCUCCGCAGGAAGAAGAACCCUCCCAACGCCUCUGGGGACUGCAGCCCGGCGCCCAGUCACGCCUCCGACAGGGUUCCACCGCUUUCAAACUCCUCCUCUGUCCUGGGCGGCUCGCAGGAGGAGACGGUCACUGAGGCCGAUCAGAACAUUCAGAGUGUCCCCGCUUCUCUCUCACAGCUGGAGGCCUCUGCUGAAAACCUCACCUGUGCUCCUGUCAGGCCUCAGACAGACUCACCUGGAGGCUGGAUACUCACGCUGGAGACUGUGCAGGAGGCUCUGUUUGGAUGGAAGGGAGCUGCAGCUCGUGGGAAUACGUCCGACAACCAGGGCUCGCCGCGCGCUGCCAGGGAAUCCAUCCAGACGGAGUGAAGGGCCUGCAGCAGGUGGAAGGACCUGACGUUAGUGACGCGUGUGCAGGGUGCACGGUCAGGCCCAGCAUGCAGAGCUUUUAACCACACGGAUCUGUUUUCCCCAAAACACACAGAUUUCAGCAGAAUGAGGAAGCAGCACGUCGUAAUGACCUGGACUUUCCCCUCAAUAACUUAUAUUUAUCCUGGCCAGAUAAUUAGUGCGGUUUAUAGAGGACUUGAAAUUAGAUUUGCAACAUUUAGUUGAAAUCAGCAGAAAAAAGCAGAAGCAGGAUAAAUAGUUUGUGUGUCGCAGAUGAAAAGUCUCACAGCUGAAACACACAAAGCUGCUCACAGUGAAACAUUCAGCUCAUGAGGAGAAGACACAGUGUGGGCCUCUCUGGUGAAAAACUUUAGUUAAAGUUCUCAAUGAGAACGCCGUUUACUUUACAGAAAAACUGCUGCGAGACCCGAGUUCCCCUUUUUAUUUUCUUUCUGAAGCUGUUCUGUUGCAUCAUAUUGAUGUGUUUGUAGCUGUCCCUUAAAUGAUGCUUUAAUUUGAAAUGUAGGCCUUUAUUUCUUCUGUUUCUGACUGUGACUUUAGUCAGAGUCUGUUUUAACAGGUGUCUGACAAACAUCGACCUGAACAAACUGAAGUUCUGCUUAUUUAAGGUUAGAGAGCAGAGAUUGUUCUGGAGCAUCACAUCACCUGAGGACCGUUAGUUCAAACUGUUUCACCUGGUGAAGUUAGUCAAAAUAAAAUAAAUUCAUCUCUUAUCCAUGGCUUGUUUAUAUGAAAUAUCUGAAAUAUAAUUUAAAGAUAGUUUGAAGUUUUUUGAGCAUUAACUACACUGCAAAAAUUGUCCACGUUACCAAGUUUUAA